AACUGUAUAGUAGGCCACAGAUGCUAAAUUAAUAAAUAUGCUACAAUAGACCGCAUUUCGGAGCCUGUGUGCGAUAUUCAGAAAACCAGGAAAUAUGCGAAGCGCAAGCGUACCGAAUAUCAUCAUCUGGAGCGGCAUGGAUGCAGGCACCCAGUCGGCGAUGUCAAUUCAGCUGCAUGGAUUUAGCCACCAUCUGGAGCAGCGGGAUCAGGAAGAACGCGACCAGGGCGACGCACAAGAGCAGCAGCAGCCGCAGCAGCAGCAGGAUCAACCGCCGAUGGAAGAGCAGGAUUCGAGGGCGGUUAACAGCAAGGAUGGUGCCGCCAAUCAGGACACAUCCGCCGAUUCCGGCCAGGAUCAAGAUGGUAAUCAGGCACAGGAUUCCACAAAAAAACGAUGCGACAAGUGCGGCAAGAAGCUUGGCAUCACCGGCGGAUUCCCUUGUCGUUGUGGUGGCACCUAUUGCGCCGUCCACCGCUACAGUGAUCGCCAUGAAUGCAAUUUCGACUAUCGCCAAAUGGGCGCCAUCCAAAUCCGGCGUGAUAAUCCCGUCGUUGUCGCCAGCAAACUCCGAAAGCUUUAGCCAAACCAGACCAAAUGGGAGGGGCAUCCAUUCAAGCUUCUUCUUUUUCAGUUGAGAAAUCUUAGACUGACUGAGAUCCCAAUAAAUACUUGGUUGGUUUGGUUUUAACAUUUACACUUAGAACGGUUGGCAAAAUACAGAAAAAAAAAAAUUAAAAUUAUAUCAUCGCUUCG